AUGGAGAAUCCGAACGUCGAUCCUGAAGCGAGGCUCAUCACCCCGGAUGGGUUUCCACUAACGAUCAUCGUCACAUCGUGCGUCUUCCUCGGUCUUUCCAUUCUUGCAGUGUCUUUAAGGACCUAUGUUCGACUCGCAAAGGGCACGUUCGGUUAUGAUGAUGCCAUUAUUGGUUGCGGAACUGCCGUCUACACUGCAGUCACUGGUCUGUCGAUAUACGGUUGUCUCGUGGGACUGGGAAGACUCGAGAAAGAUCUCAAUGCCUGGCAAUACUCCGAAGCCAUGAAAUACUACAUCAUCUGGAUUCUGAUGUAUGUUGUCGGCCUAGCGAUGGUCAAAUCGUCCAUCUGCAUCACGAUACAACGCAUUGCUUCUACAAAAAAAGCGCUGGUCUACAGCGUUUGGGUUCUGCUCGCCGUGACAUGGAUGUCCUUCCUCAUUACCUUUCUGGGCACCCUGCUCUAUUGUCGACCAGUCCGCGCCAUAUGGACACCCACUUUGAUUCUGAGCGGCGAGGGCUCCUGCGCUCCCGUGGAUACGUUCGUCAUCAUCGGACACGUUGCAACAGUUUCUACAAUUGCCACUGAUUUGGCAUUGGUCGUAGUACCGGCUGUCAUGCUGUGGAACACGCAAAUGAAGCGACAGGCAAAAUUCCAGGCUUUCGGUCUGCUGUCGUUCGCUUCCAUCGCAUCAGUCAUCACGAUGGUCCGGAUACCCUACGUCAACAAGUUUGAGAAAAUGACAGACCUGCAAUUCUGGGUCGCACACACCAUGCUCUGCUCCAACAUUGAAACCGGCAUUGGUUGCAUAGCUUCCUCGGUCCCCUCGUUACGCCAUUUCUUCCGACGCGGCAACGACGGCAGUUCUGGUCCCAGCAAUAAUAAGAGGAGUGGAACAGGCACACAGCUUGUAACAGUGGGAGGGUCGCGCCAACAGAAAAGACUUCGCGACAGUUUUCGCAAUCCUACGGAUAUUGGAUUCAGCCUGUCGACUGUACAUCAUGGAAGAGCGGAUGAUCAGUGGGAGCGUCUCGAUGGAGACUCGGAUAAAAGCGACGCGCCGAUCGAUCCGAAGAGGAUAUACGCUGAACGAAGCUACGCAGUCGAUAUCGAGUCCGAUUCGGAGGCAAGAAAGGGUGGCUACGGGCAUGCUUUGUAG